AUGAAACUGAAGAGCUCGGAUGAGCACACAUCAGUGUUGCAACUAACCAGUGCAAAGACCUUUGACACACAGGCAGCAACACAGAAGAAAGCUGAUGCUCGAUGCUGGGGCCAGGUGCAGCACACAGCCCAGCCCAGCGCCCAGCCCGGGCGUACUCCACGGCGAGCCUCUUGCAGCUCCCGUGCUCGAUCCCCGCCGCUCGCAGUCCUCCGAGCCCCCAGGGGGCGCAUUAAGGGCUGCGACGCUCUGGCAGGCUGGGCGGAAGGAGGCUUCCCGUGGCGCGCCCAUGGAGCCCGGCGGCUCGCGCCGCCCCAGUGCCUCACUUUCUCGCCCCGCAGCGCGGCGGAGCGGCGGGCGGCACGCAAGGCCCUGCAGCGGCCUCAUGGCCCGAAGGAUUUCAUCCCCGACGGCUCGGCCGAGCAGGCGGAGAAGCUGCGGCUGUGCCAGGAGGAGCAGUGGGAGAUCCUCUCCGAGGAGCGGGUGGAGCGGCUGGGGAAUCUGGUCAAAGCUGAGUGGAAGCCAGGACAAGGCAUCGUAGAGCUGCAGUCCCCCGCGGGGAAGUUCUGGCACACCAUGGGAUUCUCCAAACAUGGCAAACAGUACCUGCUGCCUGAGGAAGCUCUGUACCUGCUGGAGUGUGGCUCUGUUCAACUCUUUUACAGGGAUCUGCCCUUGUCAAUCCAGGAAGCCUAUGAGAUCCUGCUGUCCCAGGAGGCAGUGAGCCUGCCACAUUACCAGGUGUUCAGCCACUUGAAGCAGCUGGGUUAUAUUGUACUGAGAUUCGACCCCAGCACUCUCCCAUCUCCCUACGAGAGGCAACUGAACCUGGAAAGCCACUGCCAGAGCUCUGGGAAACACCAUCGCAAAAGGAGGGGCAGUCCCAGCCCUGGGUCAUGUGAGAAGAAACUCAAGAUAUCUGAGAACCUUCCAGAAGCUGAAGGGGCUUCUGAAAAAGCUGGAGGUGACUGUGGAGGCUCCAACUGCCUUCCCAUGGAUGAAGAGCCCUUGUCAGAGCAGCCAAAGGAAUCGGAUGCUGGCAGUGGAGAGGGGGAGUCAAACCCUCUGCCUCUUGAUACAGGACAAAAGGACUUCCUGAGCCCCUCCAGGAGCCGAGCUGGAGAUCACAAAGGAGGCAGCACUGGUACCCAUGCACCCCACUGGGAUUUUACCACCAUCAUCUUGCCAAAUGUGGCCUCAGACCAGCCAUGCACACAUCUGCCCUUACCUGAGAAGGAGCUGCUGCCAGAGAACGUGCCCGGGAGGGAGGUGGACGCAGCCGGCUGGUGCGCACGCAUCAACCAGAAACAGGAGAGGCUGUCACGGAAGGAGAGGGAGCAGAGAGACAGGGAGAGCAGGUACAAGAGCAGUGUCAAUGCUGACCAGGAGGUGAGGCGCUGCUCCAACUGGCAGGAGUACAAAGCCCUCUUGGAGAAGAGGAGCCAGCAGAGGCUUUGGAGACGACCGCCGCAUCUCUGGGACCAGGCUGUCACACCGCUUCUGCGGCCAGAUGAAGCUACCUCAGCAGCUGUGCUCCUCCAGCAGAUCAGUGUGCUACAGCCCUCCCACAUCCUGGAUGGAGCCUCUUGGCUGCAGGAGGACCCAGAGCCCAUGAAGAUAGAUUUCAAUGUGUAUCCAGCAGAUGCUGUGGCCAAGUUUAAGAAGACAAACCCUGGGAAGCCGUAUGUCAGGAUGUGUGUUCGGAGCUGUAGUAGCUGGAGCAAGGAAGGCGGUAAUGCAGUUUUACCAAGCUUUGACGAGCAGAUCCCAUCCCUUCGGGCUCUGAAGCAGGUUACCUAUCAGAGUGGGGACGUCCCGGUGGUAUUUGCUCUGGUGGAUCAUGGAGACAUUGCCUUUUACUCACUGAAGGAAUUCAAGCUGCCAGUUGAUAUUAAUCACUGAAGUUACUGUCUAUUGCAGAAAUGGUGUGGGAUGAAGGGAAGAGCUUUACUCAGGAUGUGUUUUUUAUUAAAGAAAUACCAGAGAAACUAGAGCCUCUCAGAACUGGAACCUUGAGUAGCUGACUACUUUUUUAGCUGUUAUGGACUUCACCCAGCCAGGUGAAGUUCAGUGAUAAUGGCUUAGCUGGGCAUUUCUGGACUGAUGUACACACUGCUUUGUUUUUGAAGCCACUGGUUCUCUGCUUUCUCACCUUGUGGACCACUAGUCUUCCUCUUCUGUGUCAUCUUUGGCUGACUUGUGAACUAUUAGAAAACACUUUGCUGAUGAUCCUCUUGUCACAUGUUAAGAACCACUGUGCUACACCAGUCGAAUGGUUGGAGAGUCAUUGAGGUCAAUCAGGGACAGAAUAAGCUGAUCAGAUCAGUGGUGGUGUCCUGAGCUCCUGUCAUUCAGCUGUGCCAAGAACUGCCAGAUGAGAUUCUGAUCUGCAAAAGGCACAGCCAUAAAGCUCAGCCACCUGGAGUAAAGUUUCCAGGCACUUGAGAGCAGCAGACUGUGCCUUGAAUGCUAUUUGAUCAGCUGGAGGUCACAGAAGGCCCCAGAGCAUUGCAGAUGGCACUCCAGCCUCACACUGGAGCAGCUGUUCUGAGAUGUGUUUUGGCCAUGCAGCAUUAUGCCAUAUUGAAGUUUGCUCACCAGUAGCCUCACCAGAGCUGUGCUGCAGCUCCCUGUUUCGGCCUGACCUCCUCUUUCCUGGCUGUGGAUCCUUUUCUUUUGCAAGUGAGAGAUCCCUGAGUAAAGAAAAGCUACAAAUUCCUCAUGAGCCUUUCAGUCCUAUGGCUGUUGUGCUCCAAAUGGGGGACAUCAUUGCUUUCCUGUGGGAGCUUCCCACCACGAUAUCCAGGUACCAAAUUUGCUUUUAGCCUCUAUGCAAAAGUGUUGGUGCCAGGAGGUCUGCUGGGUGGGCAGGAGUGUGCUGAGCACAGUUGUGUGCAGUAUUGAGGUUUGUAAUAGCAACUGGCUUAGAUGC